CCGGAUACGGUAGUUCGUAAACCUACCGACUGCAAAUCAUCAUGAUGGGACUACUGUUCCGCGCGGCCAUCUUCGUCGUGCUCGCCAUGCUCCCGAGUAGCUCCGUGGGAGAUAUCCCUACGACGACACCUGGUUUCACGUACAAAGACGGCCUGCCGCAAGCUCCCGUGCAGCUGCAAGUGUUCAUCGACCUGUUGUGUCCAUACAGCAAAGCCGCGUACCCCGCGCUGAAACAACUCGGGGAUGCGUUCGAAGGCAAGGACUUCCGCCUUACGUUCCAAGUGCUGCCCCUUCCCUUCCAUCGCAACGCGUUCCUCGCUGCUCAGUCCACCGUGUCCGUGGUGCACUCAGUCGGCGUCCAGAGCUUCGUGCCGUGGCUGGAAACGAUCUACGCCAACCAAGACAAGCUGUCCAACACCAACACCCUCAACACGACCCCCAACGACCUCAUCACCCAACUCGCAUCAUGGGCACAUGCGGCGUUCCCUUCGAUUGACGUCGCUUCGUUCCGCAAGACACUCCUGCCUGGCACGGCCGAGGACGAGAAAACCCGACAACUGUUCCGGUACACGUUGGCUCAUGGCGUCGCCGGCACCCCCAUGUAUUACCUCAACGGUGUUCAUUACAACAAUGCUGACAGUGCCUGGAGUUUCAACGACUGGUUCAAUGUGAUCAACCCCCUUGUCCAAGCCAACAAAGCCGCGGUACCCCUUCCAAGUACGUACAAUAAUCCAAUCAAUAUCAUCUAUCUAUAUAUCUAUAUCAUGUGCCUAAUAUUUGUUCAAAACCAAACAAGACUAUAAUAUAUAUAUAUUUCUUGGGUAACUAACUAGCUAACAAGUAGACGUGAUGUCGAUGCAUAUGGAGCUUCCAGAUCGCACUGUGCACUGGAACGCGGCGGCGUCCGUAUGCGGCCGCGCGGCCAUCGCAUGCGGAAUCGCCGAUGGCAAGACCAUAUGCUGUGACCAGGCAUCGGAAGUGUGUAUUGUUCGUCGGGGGUGCCUAAGUCAAGACAGGUUAACUGUGGCGUAGAUGAAUGAUAUACUGAUACUAUUAAUAGUACUAUUCACGUUAAAAGCCAUAGGAUGAUGAGUCCUAUUAAUAUAUUGGACGUUUGGUCCCAGA